AUGGUGUCUGUGGCGGCUGAGGAGGCCGGGGAACAGCUGCUGCAGGAUGAGGUCCAGAUCCAAAGGAGGGCCGAAAGCGAGGAUUUGUGGAUCCCUGGAUGGUACCAGUCCCAGUCUGCCUCCAGUUGUCAGGCACUUGUCCAAAGCCAAAAGGAUGUCUUGCCUGUCCACGAACAGUGUCUGAUGAUCCUCUUGAGGGGGCUUGACGUCUCACAUUACCCCCUUGCCGACGCGUUGAUCGAGUUCCAGAAUCAGCAACAACCACACGAGGUCCUCUGUCCUGAGAGUUUGCCCCAGCAGGAACGUACUCUGCUCCACUGUUAA